AUGGCGAUUGACAAGGACUUUUUAGCGAAAACGCAGUUCAAGAAGGACAUCUUCAAAGGGAAAGUGGUGUUUGUUACUGGCGGAGCUGGCUCCAUUUGCCGUGUUCAGACGGAAGCGAUGGUUCUGCUGGGUGCCAAUGCAGCGAUCCUUGGUAGAAACGUUGCCAAAACAGAGACAGCUGCUAGCGAAAUCUCCCAGCUGAGACCUGGUGCCAAAGUGCUAGGGUUGGGCGCAACAGACGUGCGCGAUGUGCACAGCAUCGUGAAGGCUGUUGAGAGAACGGUUGAGGAGCUGGGACGCAUUGACUAUGUCAUCUGUGGUGCUGCUGGUAAUUUCAUCUCUGACUUCAACAAUCUGUCAGCCAAUGCGUUCAAGUCUGUCGUGAGUAUCGACCUGCUGGGGUCUUUUAACACGGUCAAGGCGUGUUACCCACAGUUGGUGAAGAACAAGGGCUCGAUCAUCUUCGUAUCGACCACGUUACACUAUGUUGGCGUGCCAUUCCAGUUACACGUUGGUGCUGCGAAAGCCGGCGUGGAUGCUCUUUCAAACGCACUUGCUGUGGAGCUGGGGCCCCUGGGAAUCCGUUCCAAUUGCAUCGCACCAGGUUUGAUCCAGGAUACUGAAGGCUACGAUCGGUUGAGUGCCGGGAAGUCGUUGAAGGAACUGACGCAGAGAAUCCCACUGCAGAGACCAGGCUUCAAAGAGGACAUUGCCAAUGCAACGGUGUUUCUGUUUAGUGAUGCAGCAAGCUACAUUUCCGGUGAUGUGAUGGUUGUUGAUGGUGCUGCAUGGCACCUAGGACAGUCUCCAAUCCUGGAUAUGUACCCAGAGAUCGUUACCAAGAGACUCCUUGCACCACCAAAGCUGUAA